AUGUCCCAACCACAGCCGCCGUCGCAGCCUCGCACCAGAAAGGUCACCACCCGCUCGCGCAACGGAUGCUGGACCUGUCGAGCCCGGCGCAAGAAGUGCGAUGAGAAGCGGCCCUUCUGCACUCCCUGCGAGCGCAAGUCAUUGCAGUGCAGUGGCUACGGACCGCGCCUGAAAUGGGGGAACGGAGUGGCCUCGCGUGGGUACCUGAUGGGCUCUGCCAUCCCAGUGCAUCCCAAGGAGCUGUCUGGCGCGAAGACCGAGCAGCAGGCGGCCUUUUCGUCGGCAGCGUCGGCCUCGUCUUCGUCUUCGUCUGCUCUGCUGCCUCAGUCAGGCCAGACGGCGGCGGCGGGAAGUGCUGGCGCUGGCGCUGGUGCUAGCAGCGUGAAGCAGAAGAGCCCCAGGGGCAGCCCGACGGCGAAUAUAGGAUCUCUCUCGGAGUGCAUGGGAGUGCUGAACUUCUCAGUGCCGCCGACGCCAACGCAGCCGCAGACGAAGGCAAAGGCGAAGACGAAGACGAAGACGCUGUCGAACGUUUCUCUCUCGCCAGAGGCCCGGCCUGGGAAGUCCCCUACUGUUGCUCCCGUUGCCGCUGGUGGUGGUGGUGGUGGUGCUGUUGCUGGUGUCACUUCGUCCCCUGUCGAGACAUCCCCGUCUGUGGCUACGACGUCGAACUCGCUGGUGACGGCUAUACCAUUGAGCCCCUUUGACGAGGAGAUAAUGGGGAUCCAGUAUCUUGCUGAGGCUGGACAGUCCCCCCUGGGAGAUAUUCUGGCAUUCUGCUCUGAGUCCAGGUCGUUGGUGGCCAACUGCCUUAUGUUCCAACUGACCCUGCACCCGGAGUAUGAGGACAAGUUCGAAGAAUACUAUGCAAAGUGCCUCCGGCUCUUCCGUGAGGACGUCUGUGAUACCAAGUGCGCCACGAAGGAUGCCACCCUCAUUGCGGGUAUCCUACUAUGCUCUACGGGGAUGAACCGAUGCAUGAAAUGGACCAUCCAUCUAAACGGUCUUUACUCAAUGAUUAAAUGUCGAAACGCACUCGCUGCUCCCAGCCCCAUCAGCUCAGAGAUCCUAGACAGCAUUGGCUUCUUCGACUUGCCAACGCAUGUCCUAGGCCGAGCCACCAAACCAUUACAUAUCUGGCGUGACUAUUGUCGUGGUAAAAGUGGGAUAGAGCCCAAUAGCAACAUUCCCUUCGACCUGAUAGAUCUUCUUUCUAUGAUCUCUCAGCCAGGGAUUGAGAUGCAGCUCUGGACAUGGCAGUGGACCGAGGGCAACAAUGGCAGCACCGGUCGAAACGCCCAUCCGCCCAGCUUGCUGACCCGUAUGGCAUGGGACGCCACUCGUUUGGCCGGAAUCAUCUCCGCGAGGGAGUAUAAGUUGGUCAACUACGAUGAGACGGCAGACUUGUCUCCUUCAAAUCCCUACCAAUCUACCCAGGGUGAAGACGGCUGUCCAACUACCCCGUUCGUGGUCGAAGCUAUACUUUCCAACAUCACUACCAUUCUCACCACGGAGUCACAGCAGCAUCACCAAUACCAACACCAUCAACACCAGCCGCAACAGCCGCAACAGCCGCCGCAGGAGGUCUGCGAGGUUUUAAACCUUUUACUCUAUCCUGCGUUUAUUGCCGGAAGCCAGCAUACCUGCCUCACACCUCAGCAUAAACAGCGAAUUGAGGCAUUCUGGCAAGAGUUGUUUCCUGACAUGGGCGCUGACGGGCCUGGGAUGCCGCAUCUUCAGGUCCCCUUGGACAUCCUGCGGGAUCUAUGGAGCGAUGCGAGGGGAAGAACGGCAGAUAUGAUUGCUAAAGAACGAGGGGUGGAAAUAGGGCUAUUCUAG